GGAAAAUGGUUGAACCUGUAGGCAACCAGUAUGUUGUGGCCAGACCGGUAUACUCGGAGAACUCAUUUGGCGAAGAACAUAAGAAAGUGCACAGAUACCAUAAAACCUUUUUGGAUCAUCUGAGGGUAUGUUUUAGAUGUUCCCCACAAAAGGCCAAGAAUAUUGCCACUGGUUUGUUACCUAUAACUUCCUGGCUGCCAGCAUAUCGCAUCAAGGAAUGGCUCCUGAGUGACUUUGUCUCUGGGAUCAGCACAGGGCUGGUGGCUGUCCUGCAAGGUCUAGCAUUUGCUUUACUGGUGAAUGUUCGCCCAGGGUACGGACUCUAUGCAGCAUUUUUCCCGGUCAUUGGCUAUUUUCUCUUUGGCACUUCCAGACAUAUCUCUGUUGGUCCGUUCCCUCUUCUGAGCAUAAUGGUGGGAGAAGUAGUUACGAAGUUAGUCGAUGAGGAGAGUGUUGGAAACAGCACUUUAACUUCUACGGCACUAGAUGACGAGAAGAUACAGGUGGCAGCAACUGUAACACUCCUUGCUGGAAUUUUGCAGUUGCUUUUGGGAGCACUACAGGUUGGAUUCGUAAUUAUUUAUCUAUCUCAUUCAUUAAUCAGUGGUUUCACUACUGGUGCAGCUAUUCAGGUUGUGGUGUCUCAGCUGAAAUUCAUAUUCCAGCUACCAGUUACUGGAUGUAAGGAACCAUUUGCAAUUUUCUGUACUCUGGGAAAGAUUGGUGGGCAGAUCACGAACACAAACAUUGCAGAUCUUGUCACAGCACUCAUUAUCUUGGUCAUUGUGUUUGUGGUGAAAGAAAUUAAUGAGCGAUACAAAACCAAACUACCAGUGCCCAUCCCAAUUGAACUCUUUGUGACAGUCGUAGCAACAGGUAUAUCCUAUGCCUGUAAUUUCAAAGAGAAGUUUCAAGUUGAUGUCAUUGGACAACUAGAAAAAGGAUUUAAGCCUCCUGUUCAACUUGAUAUGAGGGUUUUCCAAAGCUGUGUGGGUGAGGCUUUUUCCAUAGCGAUUGUUGGAUUUGCAAUAGCUUUUUCAGUCGCUAAAGUAUAUUCCAUCAAGUAUGAUUACCCCAUAAAUGGUAACCAGGAAUUAAUUGCUUUUGGCCUGAGUAACAUAUUUUGUGGAGCAUUCAGCGGAUUUGCCGCAAGUACAUCGCUGUCAAGAUCAGGUGUGCAGGAAAGCACAGGCGGCAAAACACAGGUUGCUGGUCUUCUCUCUGCUGUCAUUGUCAUGAUUGUCAUCCUGGCCAUUGGAUUUCUCCUGGAAUCAUUACAGAAGUCAGUCCUUGCAGCUUUGGCUCUCGGCAAUUUAAAGGGGAUGCUUAUGCAGUUCAGAGAAAUAGGUAUUUUAUGGAAAAAGGACAAAUAUGACUGUAUGAUCUGGGUUGUGACGUUCCUAUGUACUGUAAUACUGGGGCUUGCUAUUGGACUAGGAGUCUCAAUAGGAUUUGAACUCCUGACCAUAGUGUUCCGCACACAGUUUCCAAAGUUCACGCUUUUGGCUAAUAUUGGAAGAAGCAACAUCUACAAAAACAGAAAGGAUUAUGUAGAUAUAUAUGAGCCAGAGGGAGUGAAGAUUUUCAGCUGCCCGGUCCCGAUCUUCUUUGCUAAUAUUGACUUCUUUCAGGACAAACUUAUCACCGCUGUUGGUUUUAAUCCAUUGCGGGUGUUGCGCAAACGCAAUAAAGCUCUGAGGAAAAUCAGAAAGAUGCUGAAGAAAGGAGAGCUGCAAAUGACACCUAAAUCCUUUAUUUGCACUGUUAAUGGUCUGAAUGAGUCUGAUGAAGAACUGGACAACAAUACAAUAGAGGAGCUGGAUCAGCCCACUAACACGGCAGACUUACCAUUUCAAAUUGACUGGAAUGCAGAACUUCCUCCCAACAUCAUCGUGCCCAGAAUUGACGUCCACAGCCUAAUUCUUGAUUUCACAGCAGUAUCAUUUUUUGAUGUUUCUGCCUUGAGAGUCCUCAAAGCGACUUUAAAAGACUUCAUCCGGGUUGAUGUGGAUGUGUAUAUUGUGGGAGCACAAGAUGGCUUCCUGGACAAGCUGGAAAGAUGUGCAUUUUUUGAUGAGGAGAUUAAGACCUCCAUGUUUUUCCUCAGCAUUCAUGAUGCUGUUUUACACAUAUUGGUAAAAAAGAACGGAGACUGCUCACCAAAGUUCAAACCCAUGAAGGAGAUGGGAAGCAGUGAUUAUAUUAUCAAUACAAAUGGUGAAUUACGCAACCGGGCAUACACGAUUCCAACAGAAACAAAAUUCUAAUUCUCCCCAAAUUACAUCAUCUAACAACCAGAUUUUCAGCUACAGAAGAUGAAUGCAGACGUACAGCAUACAAAGACAGUUGUAGAUAUGCUGAUACAUUGUAUAGGGGACUUUAUUACAUGUGAUUAUGUUUCAAGUUUUGGAACAAGCUUGUUAUACACUACAUAUAUUUUUAUAUAUAGGCUAAAAUUAUGUAGUUUCUGAUUUUAUACUUUGUUGACUUUUCUUCCAAAGGAGAAACAGUGGUUUAAGCAAUGUUAACACCAUUUGUACAUGUGUGUAUAUAUAUGUGUGUAUAUUAUUCAAAGUUUAUAGACAACCAGUAUAGUAACAAGAGUAUAUACUCUGUUCUUAUAACUGUUUGAAAUAUUGUAAUGUAUAUAGUAUAGUCUAAUAGUUGACUGUCACAUUGUAUCUUCAACCUGUACAUAAUUUAUUUAAAGUUCUUUUUGGGUCCUAUGAGGUAUCCUUCUAGACUGAAUUAUCUUUAAAACUGACCAACCCGAUAUUUUAUUCCACAAAUAUGUGUAAAGCGAUUCACAUGGUUAUUAUGAAAUAUUUAUAUAGUGCAGCAAACGUACACAGCAAUUUACAAACAGAGAAGAUACCUGUAAUUGGGUCAAACUGAUAUAAAAUGCACAAAACAAAACACAGGAUGAGAGAACAUUUAUAGUGAAUGGUUAAAUAAUUAUUUUAAUAGCUCAGUGUGUACACUUAUCUGUGUAGACACAAACAAGGUGGCACACUGGUUUACUCUUGUUAUCCUAAAGUUUACAGAGGAUUGAAAAUAGUAAACUGCUGCUGUACUUUGCUAGAGCUACAUCCUAGGAUUGUGAAAAUCCCACUUUAUUUGGCUCCAUGAGAUGCCAAAAAUAGCUCCACCCAGCCAGGUGCUAGAUAGUCGUCUUACCUAUAUAUAGGCUUGGCAGAAUUAGAUUUCUAUUUUUUUUUUAUAAUUUCAACAGAUAAUACUGGUGUUUAUUUUAAGCAUCUUUUUAGAUUUUUAUCAAAUAAAAUUUUCCCAGUUGCACAA